AUGGAUCAAAGGAUAAUGGAACUAUGGCAAUGCGAAGACAUAGGGGGAUUAUCAAUAGAGGAAACAAGGGGAGGUUCUGGGUUCUUGGGAUACAGCUUAAUAUUGAGUCUGAAUGUCACUAAUGUAUCAUUGAUAUACCAGAUUAGACUUGGCAGCUACCAAUCAUCACCAUAUCUAGAAGACUUGGGCGAAGUAAACACCAAAUAUGAAAUAUCGAAAGACCCAGAGGAAUGGAAGUAUGUGGAACGAGCGCUACCACCAACAUUGAUUCCAGAACCCAUUCAGAAAGAUAAGUAUCCCUCAGGAUGGAAGCCACAAGCUGAAAACUUACUAGAUAGACCAUAUUUUAUACAAAGAACAAAAAAUCACAUGCUUCCAGUUUACCUGGAUGUAACACAAAGGGGAUUAAGAAGACAUACAAUUAUCAGAAAAAUACAAGGUGAUAUCAAUUUGUUAGAAAAAGAGUUAUUGGAGUUUUUGCAGCCACAAUCAUUUCAGCCUAUCAGGAGUCAAGUACAUGAAUUCGCUGGAUUUAUUAGGAUGAAUGGUGACUUUGUAAAUGCUGUGAAAUACUUUUUAGAAAAAAGACAAUUUUAA